GUGACAGUGGAGCUGUAGGCUGGACCCGCUGACUAAUGACUCCAGCGCUCACUCACUCACCACUCACUCAGUGUGUUAUGGGUUAAUUCAUCUUCUGUGAGGAAUCUAUCUGCUUCUUUCUCAAAGGAACCGUCUAUUUCUAGGGUUUUUUGACCGUUAAUGCCCACCAACAGCUCGUGGACAACGAUAUCCAGCCGGACUGCUGAUUUGACAGCGAUGUUUAUUGAUUGUUUUCACGAGGCUCGUGCGCGUGUGUGCACGGCUGUCGAAAUCUACGAGCACCUUUUUUGCGAUGCGAAUCACUUAAACUCGGGAAUUAUGAGCUGGGAUUCGCUUAAGAUCAUGGAACUACUGAAGAAUCCAGGGGCUCAUUAGAGCUGAUUGGAGUUGGGGGCAAAAGUACAACUGGUUUUAUCGCUUUCGCCUUGAAGUCGGACGUUUAAAAAAAAAAAAAUCCCCCUCCCCGGAUAACAAUCAGGAUGUCUGGCUAUUUGCGCAAAAUGGCUAAAAAUAUUAGUCUGUGAAAUCGCGCAUGAGACCUGGAGAAAUUCCUCGCAGUUCAGCGUCAAUCCAUGAUCCAGAUUUCAGCAGCGGGAUAAUCUGGAUCCUGCAGCGACAUCGGCUCGGAUCAUCAGCCCGUCGGGAUCUGAGGGAUCACUUUCACAGAUCGCCCAUCAUCACCGCUGAAGGGAGAAGAUGCCGUUCCACCAUGUGACGGCAGGAUUGCUGUACAAGGGGAACUAUUUGAGUCGCUCGCUGUCUGAACACAGCAAUAGCGAACAGCUCGCCAGCAUCUCCGUGGAGGAACUAGAUGAGAUCCGGGAGGCGUUCAGGGUCCUGGAUCGGGAUGGCAACGGGUUCAUCUCCAAGCAGGAGCUCGGCAUGGCCAUGCGCUCGCUAGGGUACAUGCCCAGUGAAGUGGAGCUGGCCAUCAUCAUGCAGAGAUUGGACAUGGAUGGUGAUGGACAGGUGGACUUUGAGGAGUUCAUGACGAUACUCGGACCCAAACUCCUGUCCUCUGAAACGCGGGAAGGUUUCCUUGGAAACACAAUCGACAGCAUAUUCUGGCAGUUUGACAUGCAGCGGAUAACACUGGAGGAGCUGAAACACAUCCUUUUUCAUGCCUUCCGGGAUCACCUGACGAUGAAGGACAUCGAGAACAUCAUCAUCAAUGAGGAGGAGAGCUUGAACGAGAACUCUGGGAACUGUCAAACAGAGUUUGAGGGAGUUCAUCCCAAAAAGAAGAAUCGGCAGACGUGUGUGCGCAAGAGCCUGAUAUGCGCGUUCGCCAUGGCCUUCAUCAUCAGCGUCAUGCUCAUCGCAGCCAAUCAGAUGCUGCGCAACGGCAUGGAGUAGCGACACCACUGUGAGCGGGGCGGAGCCUGCAUGUGCAUGCCUGUGGAUGAAGUCGUCGAAAAAAAACACUCGAGAAACAAAACCAAACACCUCACUACUGAAAAGAGGAGCUUUUUAUUCUUUUUUUAUUCGUAUUCUCCCCGUUACUUUUCCACGCGGACCAAGCGACACAGGAAGCGUAGAGGCGAGCCAAGCCAGCAUGUUACACGGGGGCCUCAUCUCUCAGGCAGGGACUUUAAAAGGGCUGACUUUCUGCUUUUCGCGCCACCUCUGUUCCCUAAUGCAAUAACACGCAGGAGUUCAUAAGCCGUCGCCGUCUCCUCCGCGGCUUCAGAUAUUUCAGCAGGGAUUCGCUGAUGAGCUUCUGCUGGGUUCGGGCCUGCUGUCGACGUAGGAAGGCAAAAGUAAUUGGCAACUCAUUACACCUUUGUGGAGGGAGAGUUACAGCAUCCACUCCGGAGACUAUUUAUGUCUGCUCUUGCCAGAGUGCUUUUCUGGCUCGGGGGAUGGUGGGAGGCCGGGAAAGGAGCGCUCGUUGUAGUCCAUAAUUAAAUCCAUAGUCGUCAGCUCCAAAAAUCCAUGAGCCUGACUCAUAGUUUUCAUCAUUUCGAAUGUGUUCCGCUAUUCGAUUGUGCGAUCUUCCUGUGUCUAAUGCUUUUCCUGAAGUGGUUUGUAAUGAGCACGCCCACGCAACGGAAAGUUGUGCAGGUUUCCACAGAAUUAGAGCUGCCAUCGUUCAUGAGUUCUAUUUCCGUGUUUGUUCCGACAGUUGUUUUCCUUCAAACAGGUACAGCAAGGUAAAACAGGUUUAAUUCCCAGGAAAUCAAUGUAUAUCUUGAAUGCGUUGUAGGUUGCUAUGGGUAAAAUUAUUCACACUAUAGAGUGCUGCAGUCAUUACGCCAAAACCCAGAAGGCUAAUUUGCCCUCAAGAUUUACCUGUGGGUUUUUUUUUUUUUACAGGUUUUUUCAAUUUAGGAGUAAAACAAGAUAUGUGGUUUAUUUAAAGGGAUGAUGCUUAAUGAAAGCGUGAUUUUGAAGCAUUUAAGUGACUACGUAGUAACUAAGAAGUAACUACAUACAAAGAUUGUUUCAUCAAGUUUUGGUUACCGCAGACCUUAUUUUACCUAUUAAUUCAUAAGAAUGAAACUUUAUGGCAAAUUAGUCUUUUAAGUUUUUACGUCACUUUACACAUUCAUGUUUUUUUAUCUUUAUGUUUUUGCAGUGACAUUAUGGUACAUCGAUCUUUUUCUUAUGCAGUAUUUUUUGGUUAAUUUUCCAACGGAAGUAUCUAAAUAUUCUCCAAGCAAGACUUACUUUGUAAAAUUACAUAAAAAAAUAUUCAAUAUUAUAUAAACUAUUAUAUAAUUCUUACACAAUUGUAUGACCUAUUAAAAUGAGCAGAUUUGCUUUUGAAUGAUUUUAAGUUUUAGAUCACGGAAAAUGUCAAAAUGACAAAAAAAAAGUGAUAAAUGAUUGACAGGAUAAAUAAAAAAAGUAAAACCUUUAUAUUUUAAAUACCAUAAUAAUAUCAUGGUAAUAAUACCAUGUAAUAUAAAUAACAUAUAACUUAAUCCAGGCCUAAUGAGCGAACAACAAAACAUCUCUACUUCGGUUUCGCACUACUUCAAGGUGCUUAAUGUGGCUUAAUGGUACUUUAUGAUCUGUUCAGAUACACGUUUUCAGCAUUUUCUGAGAGGUUUAUGAUGGUUCUCAGAUUCGUGUUAGUGGAUGAGCUCGGGUUGUUUUGCUCUGCUUUGCACCCAUCGUCAUCAUCCUGCUAGAAAAACCUUACUUUUAUUACACCGACCUCUCUUUCUGAGCUGCACAGAAGACGCCCUUCACUUUACCAUGAGCCACAGUCAUGUUCACGGUUAUGUGUAGGGUGCGUGCCCCUACUGCACUGCAUUUCCUGUCUGUAUUCAAGCCGCCGUAGCACCUUGCGUUGACGUUUCAACAGAUGUAUGUAAUGAAGAUGCUUCACGUCUUCGGUUCCGGGAAUGUAAAAAAAACGAAAAAGAAUGAUUUUGGAAGACGAUUGUAUCUUUCACGUCUAGUGGGGUGGCUAAAACUGUGCCUGAUGCAUUUCUUCUCUCUGUGUUUCAUGAAUGUCUCCUCUGGACACCUGUAGAAAACGCACUGGUAUAUGUUCUCCACCGCGUUUCCCGAGGUCUGCUUCGACUUUAUUAUGCAUGUGAAUGAGCAGAACUGUGUAAAUAGAGCUUUACAUGUGUGUUUUCCGUUCGUGCAUGAUAGUUUAAAGCUGUAGCUUCUGCACAGAUCGUGUCAGAGCUGCUGAGGGGGCGGCUGAAAUCAAUACGCGUCUGCCAGCUCUCCGUUCUCCCCCGAGACCCCCGACUAAAGCCAUAUUUGUCUUCACAGGUGUACUUUAGAGAAUAAAGGUGCAUACACUGAAAUUAUAAAGGUAUAAUGUUAGUCCAAGCCCUUUUUCUCACUCAAAUGUUGAUCGACGGUUCAUUCUGGUACAACGGCGACCCCUGGUGGUGGAUGCGAUUACUUCACUCACUGUGUUUUGUCCUCAUGCUGUCCUUGUCUGGUCUAGAAUGUAACAUUAGCUUGUAGCAUUCAACUAAAGAUCUGGAUGGGUUGAUAAAAUGAUAUAUACUACGUGUUUAGAUGAUUUUGACCUCCACAAUAGCGUGGUGAAUGUGUAAAAUUACACUAGACCUGUAUUUUGGGCUUGGGUGGGAUUUUAGGAGUGAAGGAAUGUAUACCAAGAUACACCCGUCAGUUAUUUCAGUUUAUGUCAUUAUUUAAAUACAAUAUUGUAAAAUGGCGUUUUAGGGUAUGUUGUGAACGAAGUAUCCCAUGAAAUCGGAUUAAAUCAGUAUUUUAAAUGGGUUGUAUUUCAAAUGAAUGCUUUAGGGUUCGAAAAACGAGGGUAAACGUAACAGUCGGCUACAUUAAAUGUAAUUGUAAAAAAAAAAAAAUGUAAAUAGCCAUAUUUACGGUUAUUCACUUAAUGAUAGAUCUGUACACUUUGCAUGCAGAAUAUUUAGCUAUGUAGUUGAGACUAGCUUGUUGCAAGCUGCCCAUAGAUGAUUUUAAUAUACAUAUUCAAAUAUGUACAGGACAAAUGCAUAGAGUUUAUGCAAUAAAGCAUUUUUGUAAUA